ACACAGCUCUACAUAAUAGUAUAAUACCCACUACUGUUUAAAAACAGUUCCCAGAUCUCACUCACACAGUUAUUAUUAAUAAUCUCACGGUAUAAAUAAAAAAGCAUCUUUUAAAGAUCAAACCGCAGGGAAAGAUAAUAGCUCAAGUCUCUCUCUCUCUCUCUCUCUCUCUCUCUCUCUCUCUCUCUCUAGUUUCAAGAAAGUCAUUCAAUUGAUGAUUGGAGAAGGCGAGAGGGAUGCGUCCUCUUGUAGGCAGUGGAGCGAGUGGCAAUUACUGGAUUCCAUUUUACCAACAGGAGGCUUCGCUCAUUCCUUGGGUCUCGAAGCAUCUGUUCAGACACGGCUAGUUUCGUCUCCAACAGAUCUGGAAACCCACAUCAUCCAUCUCUUGGACAACACAGCUAGCUUGCUCCUCCCUUUCGUCUACUCUUCCCACAAAUCUCCGGACACAGAGACAUGGGGAAGACUCGAUCUAUUACUCGACGCGACCUUAACAAACCAAGUCUCCUCAAAGGCAUCCAUCUCCCAAGGAUCAGCCUUGCUCCGCGUAGCUGCUUCUGUCUUCACCGAGAUCCCAUCUCUGAAGACGAUCAGAGACACUGCUUUGGGGGAGUCGCGUUUGCGUUUCCACCACGCCCCCGUCUUCGGGCUUGUGUGUGGUCUGCUCGGGAUGGAUUCGGAGACUUGUCAGAGGGCGUACCUGUUUGUUACGCUGAGAGAUGUUGUCUCGGCUGCGACGAGGUUGAACUUGGUGGGACCCAUGGGUGCUUCGGUGAUGCAGCAUCGUAUCGCUGCGGUUGCGGCUGAAACCGUUUUAGAGAAGUGGAAGGAUCGUGAUGCUGGUGAGGCGUGUCAGACGUCUCCCUUGCUGGAUGUUGUGCAAGGUUGUCACGGUUACUUGUUUUCUAGAUUGUUCUGCUCUUGAUCACAAGGACCUAUUUAAUUGUAUGUGUUUUUAAAACAUUUGUUCUCUCUCCAUCUCUGAGAGAAGUGGAAGUUGUGUAAACACUCAUGUAGAAUUGUUGUCUCAAGUAUAAACGCGUUUUGCUUUUGAAAGCACUUUUUUUUUCUGGGAAUCGAAUAAAAUCUCGUAAAAUCCU